GACUCUAAUCAAUUAUUGUAUUACAAAAUCAUAGAAAAAUUACGUGUAUACGGAUAUAUAUUCUGCUUCAGCAAAGGCCUAGUUCGUAUGCAUGACAAAAAGAUAUAUAAGUCUUUUCUGACCAACGCCCUUUGAGCAUCUCCUCCUUCUUCAGGCUUGGUUUCAUGAUGGGUGAAGGCCGAAAUCAAAAUUUUCGAGGCCCAAUCUUGACAGCAAUUCAUUCUUUUCCUCCCAGUGCUGCAAGGCAUGAUCAAUGGGCGGCCAUGGAUGGUGACGACGAUGUUUGUGACUCUUCAUCUACUGCAUCUUCCUUCGAAGACUCAGCAAAUUCCAUUGCUUCAUCUUCUUCAUUAGACUUCACAGAGGAUGCCUCUUCCUCGAGUUCGUCUUCACCACCACCGCCGGUUUCAAAGGGGCCCUUGUAUGAACUAUCUGAGCUGAUGGCCCAACUUCCCAUCAAGAGAGGACUUUCAAAGCAUUAUCAAGGCAAAUCCCAGUCUUUUACAUCUCUUUCCAAUGUGAGGUGCAUAGAAGAUCUGAUAAAGAAAGUGAAUCCCUACAAAAAGAAAAUGAAGUCGUCUAAGAGCUAUGGUGGGUUGGACACCAACAAAUCAUAUACUCCUAAAGCUUUCAUAUCGAAGAAGACCUCAAGGAGCUCUUUUUCAUUGCUAGGUAAGAGAAAUAGCUUCAUGGGUUGCUGAAGGCUUCCUAUUCCUCUGCAUAGAGGAAUUUGAGAUUAUUUUUCCAACUUGAGUCACUGGCCAAAUGCAAAACAACAGUAGCAGAUUGGGUAGCCAAAUUGUCGUGGAUGAUUUUCUCUUACCUGAAAAGAUCUGGGAAAUUGCAAAUUGUAUGUAAUCGUAUAGUGAAGCAGAUAAUUAUGGACCAGGGAAUCAGAGCAAACUUGUGGAUGAUUGGACAGUUAUCUUUCCCAAAAACAAAAAAAAAAAAAGGAAAAUGUAUUGAAUGGUUACAGUAACCAUGGAAUCCUGAUUAGAGGAUCAAAUUCUGUGUCUAAGAAACUGAUUUCUUUAGGAGAUCUCCAUCUGUGCAUCGACUUCA